GAGGAGGAGGAGGAGGCGGUAGCAGCAGCGGCCGUGUUUAAUUUUUUAAUUAGGGCGGUUUGAGCAUCUCCCGGCGGGGCCGCAUCGCCGGGCGGCGAGGGGAGCCCGCCCCCGCCGCCCGGGACCCCUUCCCCCCGGGCCGUGAGCCGUCGGGGCUCCAGCCUGGGUUUCCGACAGCUGGCGAACCGGGCCCGGUAGCCGCGGAAAACUCCGCACUCCGCCACCAUGGGCAGCGCGGGCGCGGAGGAGAAGGGCAAAGAAGCGAUAGAGGUGAAAAUCCCACAGAGCCACCAGGAUGUGAUGCCCAAUGAUGAGCAGUAAUUACUGCAGCAACACUUCAGCCAGCAUGAGUGUCAACGAAAUGUCUGCCUUCCCUCUGACUUUAGAGCAAAAAACUGGCUUUGCCUUUGUAGGGAUUUUGUGUGUUUUCUUGGGACUUCUAAUUAUCAGAUGCUUCAAAAUCUUGCUAGACCCCUACAGUAGUAUGCCUUCUUCUACGUGGGAAGAUGAAGUUGAGGGGUUGGAUAAAGGAACAUUUGAAUAUGCUCUUGCAUGAAAAAUCACAGACUAUCCUGCCUUAAAUUUGAUGUUGAUUUCAUUUUGGAAACCAACUGUUGUUACAUUUGUUAUACAUACCUGCAUUUUGGAGAUAUGUUGGUGGCAUCCAUUUUGUUAAAUAAAUAUUUGUUGCAAACUCAAAA